GAACCCAAGCAUACAAUUAAAAUUAAAAUAAAUAGUAAUUAAUUUAUCAAAAUUUUGCUCUGUACCAUUCCAUUCUCGCAAACCCUAAUUCCUGACUUUGGUUUUUCAACAAAAUUCACAACCACAAUUGAUAAUCUCGCUUACAACCAUCUUUCUAAGUAGAUUGAACCGAAGUCUCCCGUCGAAGUUUUCGAGUUUGAUUACCAAGUGUACAUUUUUAUUGUUUAUAAGGUUUCAAGAUACUGGGUUCCUGUUAACACAGAACUAAUGAGAUUUAAGAAGGGAAGUAAAGUGGAGGUAUUAUGCAAAAGGGAAGACCCCUUUGGGGCUUGGCGUUGUGCAGAAAUCGUUUCUCGGGAUGGGCAGGCUUACAAUGUUAAGUAUGAAUCCAGUUUUGGCAUGGCCAAUUGGAAAACUGUGGAGAAAGUUUCCCGUAAAGCGAUUAGGCCUUCCCCACCAUCUGUGGAAAGCAUGAAGAAUUGGACAUCUGGUGAUAUUGUAGAGGUGCUCGAUGCUGGUUCUUGGAAAAUAGCAAUUGUUUCAAAGUCCAUGCGUGCAGAUUUCUGCUUGGUUAGGAUACUUGGAUCUUCCAAGGAAAUUAAGGCUCAUAAAUCUGAGACUAGGGUGCGUAAGACUUGGCAAGAUGAUAAAUGGGUUGUAUUUGUAAAGGCAUAUGGAAAUAUUGAAGUAGCAAACUCCAACAACUUGAAUUAUCGGGAGGUGCCACCAGUUGAUGCAAGAAUAAAAGACUUAGCUGGAAAUGAUGGUUUAGCUCCUCAGGAGAAGAAUUACCUUCCGGAUUCUUACAUUGUUUCAACUAAAUCGUUGAAACGAUCUUCUCCAUUUUGCUCUUCUUUUGUUGAAGCAUAUCCCAGUAAAUUAAGAGCAAUGAAUGAGCAUCAACAAGUAGUUUCAAGGCCCCUAUCUUACUUGCCGAAAAAGGUAGAUGCUGUUGUUUCCCAACCAAAUAAUCUGGUUGAAAAUGACUUGCAUGCUCCCACUGGUAAACAAACAAUCGGAAAUUUGGAAACAGAGAUGGAGAACACAUGUUGUGGUGGUUCUUGGUUUUUUGAUGGAAGCCCAGAAUAUAGUGAUUCUGAUAUUGAUUCAUGCUCUGUUGGUAGCUGUAGUUUCAAUAGUAAUGGCAUGUUUAAGUUGUCUAGUAGUUUCUUAGAAUGUUAUAGUAAAGAUGCAGUUGUCCAUUGUAGUGAUGCGGAAUCUUUUUGUGGUCUUGGAGAUGAAGAGAAAGGCCCCCUUCCUCUUCAAGAGGACAAGCCAUCGAGAAUUCAUAGAUUAGAGUUGCAUGCUUAUCACAGCACCUUGGUGGCAAUGCAUGCUUCUGGGCCCUUAAGUUGGGAUCAAGAAGCAUUGUUAACAAAUUUACGUAUCACACUCCAUAUUUCAAAUGAUGAACAUUUGAUGGAACUAAGGAACUUAAUUUCUUCUUCCAAGCCUUCAUCUUAUUUAGAUUAUAAUCAAUAAGACAUGAAAUACUUUACGCUAAUGCCUUGCUUUUUGUAAGGAACAGAAAAUAAUACAUUUUUUCAUCUUUAUUUUGAUUGUUCAAUUGGCAUUGGUUCAAAGUAUAAAGGUCAUAUGUAAUUUAAGAAUAUUGUAUCAAUCAUUAUGUAAAGAAAUGGAUAUAUCCAGGUUUCUCCAA